UUCUUGGCCCUUUGCGGAAGGCGGGGGCUGUCUCACCUCGCCCAAUUAAAGAAAGAGCAAGUAAUGUGUGACCGAUGAGGGAGUGGAACCCCUGCCGUCGAGCACGAUAGCCGAGUGAUGUAACCAAUAGGCGCGCUUUGCUGCGGCGAUGGCUACGAGACGGCGGCAGGGUAGCGCGCGCCGUCUGUGUAGAAACAAAGCGCUGGAUGAGCGGAGGUCUGUCUGCGGCGGCUGCUGUUAGUCGCGCCCACGCGUCACCAUUAGCAGGCCGUCGCGCCCACACUUCGCUCAGUUUGCCAAUAUAUCGAGAAAUGAAAACACGUAUACAACUGCACUCAAAUUUCGCAUUAGGGAGUGCAUCGUGAUCUUCGGUGAAUUUCUUUUUUUACAUACGCUCAAGACUCAAGAGACGAAGGCAUUACCGAGAAGAAUGUUGCAAUGAAAUAUCCGUAAUCCGCAGAAAAAGUGGGCACAAAACACGUGAUAAACUGCAGUCAUUAAGGUGUUGGAAUGGCGCGCUACACCUUAGCCACGAUCAAACGCGGCAAGAGUUUUUGAACAUAGAUACGGGGCUACCAAAAAAAAGCAGAUAAAGAAAAAGAAAAAGAGACCAAACAAACAAAAUAAAAGAAAUAAAAAAAACAGAAAGGGAAAUAAAGAACAAGAAAUGAAUGAAUUAAUAAUACUUUUGAUAAUUACCUAAUAAAGUACUAAUUAGCUCUCUAACCUUGGGGCGCAUACUGUGAUUGCGAAAUUGAAGCAGAGCGGUGGCGAGGCAGUGCUUAGCCGAAAUUCUAAGAAUAUGUAGCGCCACUUUCCAGACAUCUAUCGGUUUCUAGCAUCUGAUCAAAAAAUGCAUUUAGGAAUUCAGCGAACUUAUUGUGGAAAUCUUCCUUGUUGCUAAUGUCGGCCUUGUCGCGUAUUGCCUAUCCACAAAGAAGCGGCGGGGGCACAGAUGUCUUCUUGUUUUUUUAAAGUGUGUCUCACUUCAGAAAAAAAAGAAUUGAUAUACUUGUGCGCUGUUUCCAGCAAAACGAUUUGCUGAAGUUAGCACGCGCUUCCUACCCUUCCUCAGUUCGUGCUUUAUUAAGUGCGCACUAUUCCAAGCAAUCAGUAAUGUUAUAGCUUUGCCCGAAUCAGGGUGAAUCACGUUAAUUUGAGCAAAAUAGUUUGUGGUUGGCGGCCGCCGUGCCUAUAGUCCAUGUCUCACCCCCAUCCAUUCGCAGCGCCCGUUGUGACCGUUCAGUGCCGGACCAUGCCGCUGAAGGUUCUGUCCAUCGGAGGCGCCCUGUUGGUCGGCGUGGGCCAAAUAGUGUGCUUCGCCCUCGGCAGCCUUGCCCUUCUGGUGCCAGUGAUAGGACUCUGCUGCGGCCUUGGCGCCGCCGUGUCGAUGGUCGUCAACGAGACGGUCGUUCACCUCCACUUCGAGGCGGAGCGUCGCAAGGCCCUGUCCAUCUACCGGGCGGCCUUCUCGCUGUCGGCCAUCGCGUACCCCUUGGUGCUCGGGCUGCUCGUGAGCGAGUACGGACUGGACGGCGCGUUGCUCGUGACCGGCGCCAUAUCGCUCAACGCCCUGGCCGGCUCCCUCCUCAUGGCCAGGCCUCCGUGGAUGUCUCCGAGCGACCCCGUGCCAUCGAUACACCGGCCAGAGAACGCGGAUGCCCAGCCUGCGGCCGAAUUAGAGCAGGGCACCAAGGCAGACGCCUCCGAGAAGCAGGAUGCAUCCAAGGUGCGUUUCAUUGCACUCGAGGCGCGCUCGGCCUGUUUCAAUGCUGACCCCGGGUGUGACAGCUCUUGCGUGGCCCAUGUGACCGCGAGCCCGCGCUCUGAGUGUCGCAUGAGCUGA